UGUCCCGACAGGAGAAGAGCGCUGAGGAUUUCCCCGGGCAUCGACCAGAUGGGCUCUCUGAACUGGGACCUUGCUGUGUGCCUGCUCAUCGCCUGGGCCAUGUGCUACUUCUGCAUCUGGAAGGGCGUGAAAUCCACAGGAAAGGUGGUCUACUUCACCGCAACCUUCCCUUAUCUGAUGCUCAUCGUGCUGUUGAUCCGAGGACUCACCCUGCCUGGUGCUGGGAUUGGGAUUCGGUUUUAUCUUUACCCUGAUUUGGGACGACUGGCUGACCCACAGGUACCAUUACCCAUAAAUCUGGACCAAAAAUAA